CGCUUGGGAAUGCCCGGAAGCAACAUGAGGACAUACCUGGGGGCUGUGGCGCUGCUGGUGGCGGAGAGGAACCAAUGGCGGCAUCUGCCUGGCCUGCUGCAGCCGGGGAGAUGGAUUUGGAGACAAAGAACUGUGAAAUAUUCAUCAACUGGAAGAAGCAACAUCACCAAGGUCCUUAUUGCGAAUAGAGGAGAAAUUGCUUGCAGAGUGAUACGAACAGCUAGGAAAAUGGGCAUGCAGUCAGUGGCUGUCUACAGUGAGGCCGACUGGAACUCCAUGCACGUGGAGAUGGCAGAUGAAGCAUACUCCAUUGGUCCAGCUGCCUCCCAGCAGAGUUACCUUUCCAUGGAAAAAAUCAUUCAAGUGGCCAAGGUUUCAGCAUCACAGGCUAUUCAUCCAGGGUAUGGUUUCCUCUCAGAAAACACUGAGUUUGCAGAGUUGUGUAAACAAGAGGGACUCAUUUUCAUAGGGCCUCCUUCAUCUGUUAUCAGAGAUAUGGGAAUUAAGAGCACAUCCAAGGCAAUCAUGUCUGCUGCUGGGGUUCCUAUUAUUGAAGGUUACCAUGGCGAAGAUCAAUCAGACCAGUACCUGAAGGAACAGGCUGGAAGAAUUGGUUACCCAAUCAUGAUUAAAGCAGUUCGCGGUGGAGGUGGAAAAGGCAUGAGGAUCGCCAAAUCAGAAGAAGAGUUUCAAGAACAGCUGGAAUCGGCAAGGAGAGAAGCCAGGAAGUCUUUCAGUGAUGAUGCCGUGCUGCUGGAGAAGUUUGUGCACACCCCAAGGCAUGUGGAAGUUCAAGUGUUUGGUGACCAGCAUGGCAAUGCUGUGUAUUUGUUUGAGAGAGACUGCAGUGUACAGAGAAGACACCAGAAAAUCAUCGAGGAGGCCCCAGGGCCUGGAAUCGAUCCCGAAAUAAGAAGGAAGCUUGGGGAAGCCGCAGUGAAAGCUGCAAAGGCUGUUAAUUAUGUGGGUGCAGGCACUGUGGAGUUCAUCAUGGACUCAAACCACAACUUCUUCUUCAUGGAGAUGAAUACGAGGCUGCAGGUGGAGCAUCCUGUUACCGAGAUGAUCACGGGGACUGACUUGGUGGAAUGGCAGCUCCGGAUUGCUGCUGGAGAGAAGCUCCCUUUGAGUCAGGAAGAAAUAAGAUUGAAAGGCCAUGCCUUUGAAGCGAGAAUAUAUGCAGAAGACCCUCAGAAUAAUUUCAUGCCUGGGGCAGGACCCCUCGUGCACUUGUCUACACCACUCCCAGGGCCUAGUGUUAGGAUUGAAACUGGAGUCAGGCAAGGUGAUGAAGUUUCAGUGCACUAUGACCCCAUGAUUGCAAAACUUGUUGUCUGGGCUGCCGACCGCCAAGCAGCAUUGAAGAAGCUUCAGUACAGCCUUCACCAGUACAAUAUCACAGGAUUGAACACCAACAUCGACUUCUUACUGAGUCUUUCCAGACACCCCGAGUUCGAAGCUGGCAACGUGCAUACAGACUUUAUCCCACAACACUCCCAUGACUUGCUCCCCCCUCCGAGUGCCACGGCCAAAGAGGUUUUAUGUCAAGCCGCGCUGGGACUCCUCCUCCAGGAGAAAGUUAUGACCAAUGCUUUCAGACUUCAGACAGAGGGUGUUUUUCAGAAUUGUACAAGCCUUCCACACUUGAUAGAUCAGUUCUCACCUUUUGCAUCCAGUAGUGGAAGAAGAUUAAAUUUCUCUCACACCAGAAAUGUGACUCUUCAGGAUGGGAAAAACAAGGUGGCCGUAGCCGUAAAGUACAAUCGGGACGGAUCGUACAGCAUGCAGAUUGAAGAUAAAACUUUUGAAGUCCUCGGUGACCUUUGUAAUGAAGGAGACUGCACAUACCUGAAAUGUUCCGUUAAUGGUGUUGUUAGCAAACCUAAACUGAUUAUCUUGGAGAACAUCAUUUACCUGUUUUCCAUGGGAGGCAGUGCUCAGAUUGGCAUCCCAAUGCCUAAAUACUUAUCUUCAGCAAGUACUGAAGGAAUCCAGGGGAGUACCCUCGCACCGAUGACUGGAACAAUUGAGAAGGUAUUUGUGAAAGCUGGAGACAGAGUAAAGACUGGUGACACCUUGAUGGUUAUGAUAGCCAUGAAAAUGGAGCAUACAAUUAAGUCACCAAAGGACGGCACAAUCAAGAAAGUUCUCUUCAAAGAAGGUUCUCAGGCCAGCAGACAUGCUGCAUUAAUUGAGUUUGUGGAAGAGAAAUCGGAUGAAGCCGAAUCCAAAUUGAAUCCAGGCAGGAGAUCUGAUGAUAAAUAAUUUCUUACUUGUCUGCACCAAAUACAAAGUGCCUUCCUACUUCCCUAGGAGCUGUGACGAGCUGCACUUUUAUCCAUCCACAGUUUGGUUUCCAUUGCUCUUUUAUAGUGAAAAUCAUGCAGUUGGGCCCUCAACAUUAUAAGCUGACAUAAAAUAUUUUAAAUUAAUAAAAAUUAAACUAAAUUUA